UGUCGGUUAGUGUUUAGCUUCUUUUAUCUUUUCCUGCUCUUGGUCUGUCACUGCUUUUAGUUUACACGGAAUGGGUAUUGUCCAUGUUUCAUCUGUGUUGACAUUAGUUCUAUCUCCACACUCUGUAGGUGAAGUAUGUAAUGACACUUCCACACCAGAGGAGACGCAGUAAUGCACUAGAAUGUAGCUAUGUUACCGGAAGAGAAAAAAAAGAAAAUGAAAACAGUUAGCAUGUAGUGUGGUGUUUUAAGUCGGCGUCAGUUCCUUCAUUUUUGUGUCUGUACUUUUGUUUGUCGAAUAACAAACUACACAUUAUUCAUUCCUAAUGUCAUGAUAACAUCGUCUCGAUGAACGAUGAAGCUUCUUCCGGUCGCUUCGCCAGUUAGCUGCUAGCUAGGAGACACGGACAUUAGCCACACUUAGCUAAACAGAAAAUCAGGUGCUGUGAUUGAGUGAAUGAUGUGUAAAGUGCAAAUGCUGAGAGCGUUGGUGAACCAACGACUAACCGAGGCUGUAGAAGAAAUAUUUGUAGUGUUAGAAAGAACGAUAGCAGAGUACGAGCAGGAACUUUGUCGAACAAAAGAAGAGAACGAGCGACAACGUCAACUACUGGACACCGUUUUCAAGAAGCCUCGCGAGUUACACAGAACAGAUGGCAAUGAAGAACAGCAGGGGUGGAGCUCCAGGGUGGCACAAGAGGAGCCACAGUCCCCCCACAUUAAAGAGGAAAAGGAGGAUCACAUUCAGGAGCUUGACGUUGUGGAGGAGAUCACAAAGAUUGGUGUCCCUGUGAAGAGUGAAGAUAAAGACAAAGUUCAAAGAGAGGAGAAGAGAGAGGUUGAGCCUCCGAGCAGCAGCUCAACUCAACAAAUGACAACCGAAGCUGAUGGAGACCACUGCGAAGGAUCACAAGCAGAACGCUGCUUUGCUUCACAAUCAUAUAAUGAUAACACAUCACACUAUUCUGACACUGAUGAUGAAGUAUCUAAAGCUGAUAUGACAUGUCACUCUGACAACACAGGCUGGAAAUGCUCUCAGUGUAACAAAACGUUUAAUCACCGUAGUUAUCUGGAAAGGCACAUGAGGAGUCACACUGGAGAGAAACCAUUUGUGUGCUCGGUUUGUGGUACAAGAUGCUCUCAGAAAGCAGAUUUGAAAAUACACACAAGAAUACACACUGGAGAGAAACCGUUUUCCUGUUCAGUGUGUGGUGUAGGUUUUGUACGCAGACAGCAUUUGAAAAGACACAUGAGGACACACACAAGGGAAAAUACAUAUUCCUGUUCAAGCUGCAACAAAACAUUUUGUGAACGAACAACACUUGUGGUACACAUGAGAAGACACACUGGUGAAAAAGUGUUUAGUUGCAGUGUGUGUGAUGAAAAAUUCUCUUAUAAAUACCAAAUUAACAAUCAUAAGUGUGCUGGAGAGAACAGCAGCCAUAAAUGAAGCAGCAGGAUUAAACAUGUGAUGGCAUUUUGUGUGUGUGUGUGUGUGUGUGUGUGUGUGUGUGUGCGUGCGU